CUCUGCAUAUUACCGGCAUAUACUUCCUCAAAGCAGUCCAUGAAGUUUCACUACUUUUUAACUCUCUCCCUCUCUCUCUAUUUUCUCUUCCAUAGAACAACCCUUCACUAAACCCAUUAUCUUCCUCUCUAUCUUCACACUUGUUUAGAUACUCUAAAGAUCUCUUACUUGAUAUUAAUUUUUGUAAGAAAGAUUAUGGACCAAAACAAUGCUCUUCUUACCUGGGCUUACUACUCUCAUGGAAAGACAAUGGAAGAGCUAAGACAGACUCUUAUGUACACGACACUGGAGUUAGAAAAAACGAAGCUCAUGGCUCAAGAGGAACUAAGGAAGAGAGAUGAACAACUGAUCCACCUCGAAGAUGUUUUAGCCAAAACCCUCAAAGAAAGAGACGAAGCUCUCGAGAAAUAUCAUAAUAUCAUCUACGACAAUCUCCUCCUUCAGCCGCAACAUAACCAGGAUCAUAUCACUCCUCCUUUAUCAGGAGCUUCAAGUAUCCAAGACGAGCAACUUCAACCGCAUCAGCAGAAUCCUAACUCAAACAAAAGCUUUUCGUCUUCGGACACCGAAGAAAGCAUCAUGUCCCCAUCAGUGAUCAAUCCGAACCAAGCAUCUCAGGUAGAUAUAAUGGCAACAUUGUUGCUGGAAAAGCCAUUUCCUGAAAAGGGAAGUCUUUUACAAGCUGUUCUCAAGGCAGGUCCAUUGCUUCAGACACUACUCUUGGCUGGUCCUUUGCCUCAGUGGCGCCACCCCCCACCGUCACUUGAUACCUCUGAGAUCCCUCCAGUCGCCGUUCCACCACUUCUGUUUCAGAGCUCAGUUAUCAACAAUGGCUGUGGGAAUCCAAACAAGAAAAGAGCUUUUUCAAUCUCAGAUGGGUCUUAUUCAGAAACUAAGUACGAGAGUGUUUAACCAGAAAUUGCCCACUGAUCUUUUAUCCUUACUCGACAACAAUAGUAAUAGUCUUCUAAUAUACCAUAUACAUUUCACUUUAUAGAAUUAAUCUCAGUUGGGGUUAUAAUGAGAGUGGUCUUUUUAGUCAGUUUUUAAGUAGAUAGAGCUUGAUUUUGGUUUUCUACAUUUGUGGAGAGUGAACCUGAUCCAUUUAGGGUUUUAGAUCUAGAGUGAUGAUGGGAACGAAACUCCCCUGGUUUAAACUCAAGCUCAAACUAGAGUUUUUUUUUACCAAGUGAGAGAGUUUUGUUUUUGUUUUUAUUUUUGUUUUUGUUGCUUAUUGAUUGGUGUUUCCUAAACCCAAUUUCACAUCCAUGUUUUUCCUCCAUGGGUGUAAAAUUAUUGGGGUUUUUUUAUUUAUUAUGUUUUCGUGCUUACUUCUAUUUGUAAAAUACAAAUUUUCUAAAGCCAUAAUGCUGCAUGUGAUGUGUGUUGGGUGUUUAAUUAAAAGAUAAUUCUAAGAGGUCUUUGUUUUGGGGGUGUUUAAAUGUGUUGGAAACUUCAAGGAUUUAUUCUUUAUAAAAGUUUGCUCAAGGUGUUUAAUGUUAUAUUUCGUUGAAAGGGAGAUGGGUGGGAAAUGGGUACCGGAAAGUCGAUGCGUAAGCCAACAACUAGUAAAGAAUGGAUUUGAUGUUUUAUCAUUUUUUGGGGAUGUCGGUGGGUCCUGAAGAUCCACAACCGGAUCUUUUGUCUAAUGUGCUAAAAAGCUAGGUGUGCACACAUUAUCAUAUGGACCUUCUUCAAAGGAAAAAAAAAGAAGUCGAGAUGCAAGAUUCUAUUUGGAAUCCUCAGUCUUUUUUAUCAAGCAUCAAUUUGUAAUCUCUUAGAGUGCAGAUAUUUAGAAGGGUUAUUGAGAUUUAGAUUUCUGAAUGA